CGACCGCGGGCGCCGGGGCGUGCGGAGGGGUGGCGGCGACGGGGGCGGCUGCUCUCGGCGCUCUGAGGCGCGGGGGCGGUGGGCGCAGGGCUCAUGUAAUCAAAGAAGUUUUUGUUGUGUGUAUCUUUUCAGAACACAACAGGAAUUGAAAAUGAAUCAGAACGCUGCUGAGCCCGUGGCAGCUGCUGAGACCCUGGCCGAGGUACCUGAACAUGUGUUUCGAGGACUUCCGGAGGAAGUGAGGCUUUCCCCAUCUGCUGUUGACAAGACGCGGAUUGGUGUCUGGGCCACUAAACCAAUUUUAAAAGGGAAAAAGUUUGGACCAUUUGUUGGCGAUAAGAAAAAAAGAUCUCAGGUUAAGAAUAACGUGUACAUGUGGGAGGUAUAUUACCCAAAUUUGGGAUGGAUGUGCAUUGACGCCACCGACCCAGAGAAGGGGAACUGGCUGCGGUAUGUGAACUGGGCGUGCUCAGGAGAAGAGCAGAAUUUAUUUCCCCUGGAGAUCAACAGGGCCAUCUACUAUAAAACUCUAAAGCCAAUCGCGCCGGGCGAGGAGCUCCUGGUCUGGUACAAUGGGGAAGACAACCCCGAGAUAGCAGCUGCGAUUGAGGAAGAGCGAGCCAGCGCCCGGAGCAAGCGGAGCUCUCCGAAAAGCCGGAAAGGGAAGAAAAAGCCCCAGGAAAAUAAAAACAAAGGAAGCAAAACUGAAGACACACAGCUGAAGACAAGUGAGCCAGAUUCCGCCCCUGCAAAUAUGAGAGAUUCUGCGGAAGGUCCCAAAGAAGAGGACGAGAAGCCUUCCGCCUCCGCGGCCGAGCAGACAGCCGAGCAGACAGCCGACCUGCAGGAGGGGGUCUGUCAGGAUGUGCUUCCGGAACUAGUCGGCGCGUCCCCCGCCCGGGAGCCGCAGGCAGAGCCAGACGAGCAGCUAGAAGCAACACAUUGUGAGGUGAACGACUUGGAGGAGGAAGAGGAGGAGGAAGAGGAGGAAGAUGACGAACUGGAGGAAGAGGGGGAAGAGGAAGCUGACGUGCCAAAUGAAAGUCCUUUGAAAGAGCCAGAAAUACGGUGUGAUGAGAAGCUAGAAGAUUUAUUAGAAGAACCAAAAAAUGUUUCAAACGAAGCUGCGGAGGACUCUCCGGAGGUGGCGCCUGUCCCCAGACUCCCCAGGGCGCAGGAAGAGGCCAAUGGCGACGCCUUCGGGACGUCGAUGUUCCCGUGUCAGCACUGUGAGAGGAGGUUCGCGACCAAACAGGGGCUCGAACGCCACAUGCACAUCCACGUGUCGACGGUGAGCCACGCCUUCAGGUGCAAGUACUGUGGGAAGGCGUUCGGCACGCAGAUCAACCGGCGCAGGCACGAGCGUCGCCACGAGGUGGGGUUGAAGCGGAAACCCAGCCAGACACUACAGCCGCCCGAAGACCCCGCCGAUGGCAGAGGGUCUGGAGACGGCGCCACUCCGAAAGAUGACUCGAACCCGCCCGGCCUGGGGCAAGACUGUCUGCUCGUGAGCUCAGAGAAAGCCUCCCAAGAAACAGCAACUUCUUCUGUCGUGGAAGAGAACGGAGAUGUUAAAGAGCUUCAUCCGUGCAAAUACUGUAAAAAGGUUUUCGGAACUCACACCAACAUGAGACGGCAUCAGCGCCGAGUUCACGAGCGCCACCUGAUCCCCAAAGGCGUGCGGAGGAAAGGCGGCCUCCUGGAAGAGCCGCCGCUGCCCGCGGAGCAGGCCCAGCCCGCCCAGAAUGUCUACGUACCAAGCACAGAACCAGAGGAGGAAGGGGAGGGGGAUGACGUGUACAUCAUGGAUAUUUCCAGCAAUAUUUCUGAAAACUUAAAUUACUACAUUGAUGGUAAAAUUCAGACCAGCAGCAGCACCAGUAACUGUGAUGUGAUCGAGAUGGAAUCCAACUCGGCAGACCUGUACGGUAUAAACUGUCUGCUCACUCCAGUCACGGUGGAAAUCACUCAAAACAUAAAGACCACGCAGGUCUCCAUAACAGACGAUCUUCCUAAAGAGCCUUCCAGCAGCACAAGCAGCGAGUCCAAGAAACGCAGAACUGCCAGUCCUCCCGUGCUACCCAAAAUUAAAGCAGAGGCCGAGUCUGAGCCCGCCGCCCCCUCGUGCUCCUUGAGCCUGCCGCUUAGCAUACCCACCGCGGAGGUGGCGUCUUUCCACAAAGAGAAGAGCGUGUAUUUGUCAUCCAAGCUCAAACAGCUCCUCCAGACCCAGGAUAAACUGACUCCUCCCGCGGGGAUGUCGGCCGCUGAGCUCCCUAAGUUGGGUCCUGUCUGUGUGUCCGCUCCCGCGUCCAUGCUGCCCGUGACCGCGAGUAGGUUUAAGCGGCGGACCAGCUCCCCUCCCAGUUCUCCACAGCACAGCCCUGCCCUCCGAGACUUCGGGAAGCAGAGCGACGGCAAACCAGUGUGGACUGACGUGGUUCUGGGUUCCAAAAAGCCCAAAUUAGAGAGUCACAGCAGUUCCCCAGUGUGGACUGUGUCUGGGAGAGACGAGAGAGAGGCCGUGAGCCCCCCAGGCUUUGAUGAAUACAAGGUCUCUAAAGAGUGGGCGUCCAGCUCCACGUACAGCAACGUGUGCAACCAGCAGCCGCUGGACCUGUCCAGUGGCGUCAAGCAGAAGGCCGAGGGCGCAGCCAAGACCCCGGUCCCGUGGGAGUCCGUGUUAGACCUCAGCGUGCACAAAAAGCCUUGCGGCGACUCGGAAGGCCGGGAACUCAGAGACAGUGCCGUGGCGCAGCCGGCCUGUAGCGUGGUCAGGAGGAAGAAGCCGACCACCUGCAUGCUGCAGAAGGUUCUUCUCAAUGAGUACAAUGGCAUCGGCGUGCCUGCCGAAAACGCCUCAGAUGCGACCAGGAGCCCGAGUCCUUGUAAAUCCCUAGAUCCUCAGGCCGAACCUGACGCUGGCCCUGACGCUAGUUUAUCCACCCCUGCUGCGGAGUCCCCACCUGACGUUUCUCCUUCCUCUCCUGCCCUCCAGACACCCUCCCUUUCUUCUGGGCAGCUGCCUCCUCUCUUGAUGCCCUCACGCCCCUCCUCCCCUCCGCCCUGCCCUCCUGUGUUAACUGUUGCCACGCCGCCGCCCCCACUCCUUCCCACCAUACCUCUUCCAGCCCCCUCUUCCGGGGCGUCUCCUCGUCCGUGUCCCUCCCCGCUCUCCAACGCCACGACGCAGUCCCCGCUCCCGAUUCUCUCUCCCACCGUGUCUCCCUCGGCGUCUCCCAUUCCUUCUGUGGAGCCUCUCGUGUCCGCGGCCUCGCCGGGGCCUCCUACACUUUCAUCUUCCUCCUCCUCCUCGUCUUCAUCUUCCUUCUCUUCAUCUUCCUCCUCUUCCCCUUCCCCGCCUCCCCUCUCAGCAGUGUCAUCCGUCGUCUCCUCCGGGGAUAAUCUGGAAGCCUCUCUCCCCAUGAUAUCGUUCAAGCAGGAGGAGUUAGAGAGCGAAGAAACAGAGCCCAGGGAAGAACCCCAGUCUGCAGUUGAACACGAUGUCGUUCAGGAAACAUUCAGCAAAAACUUUGUCUGCAAUGUCUGUGAAUCGCCUUUUCUUUCCAUUAAAGAUCUAACCAAACACUUAUCUGUUCAUGCUGAAGAGUGGCCCUUCAAAUGUGAAUUUUGUGUGCAGCUUUUUAAGGCUAAAACUGACUUGUCAGAGCAUCGCUUUUUGCUUCAUGGAGUUGGGAAUAUCUUUGUGUGUUCAGUGUGUAAAAAAGAGUUUGCUUUUCUGUGCAAUUUGCAGCAGCACCAGCGAGAUCUCCACCCAGAUAAGGCGUGCACGCACCACGAGUUUGAAAGUGGCACCCUGAGGCCGCAGAACUUCACAGACCCCAGCAAGGCCCGCGUGGAGCACGCGCAGAGUUUGCCGGAAGACCCUUUAGAAACGUCUAAAGAGGAAGAGGAGCUCAACGAUUCCUCUGAAGAGCUUUACACAACCAUCAAAAUAAUGGCUUCUGGAAUAAAGACAAAAGAUCCAGAUGUUCGACUGGGCCUCAAUCAGCAUUACCCAAGCUUUAAGCCACCUCCGUUUCAGUACCACCACCGAAACCCCAUGGGCAUCGGGGUGACGGCCACCAAUUUCACUACCCACAACAUUCCACAGACUUUCAGCACUGCCAUUCGCUGUACAAAGUGUGGCAAAGGUGUGGACAACAUGCCCGAGUUACACAAACAUAUCCUGGCGUGUGCCUCUGCGAGCGACAAGAAGAGGUACACCCCGAAGAAAAACCCGGUGCCGCUGAAGCAAACUGUGCAACCCAAAAACGGUGUGGUGGUUUUGGAUAACUCUGGGAAAAACACCUUCAGACGAAUGGGACAGCCCAAAAGGCUGAACUUCAGUGUCGAGCUCAGCAAAGUAUCCCCCAAUAAGCUCAAAUUAAAUGCAUUGAAGAAAAAAAACCAGCUUGUCCAGAAAGCAAUCCUGCAGAAAACCAAAUCUGCCAAGCAGAAGGUCGAGUUGAGGAACGCUUCGGAGUGCUCCUCCCACAUCUGCCCGUACUGCAACAGGGAGUUCACGUACAUCGGCAGCCUGAACAAGCAUGCCGCUUUCAGCUGUCCCAAAAAACCGCUCUCUCCUUCCAAAAAAAAAGUUUCCCAUUCAUCCAAGAAAGGCGGACACUCGUCAUCUGCAAGCAGCGACAAAAACAGUAACAGCAGCCGCAGACGGACAGCGGAUGCAGAGAUCAAAAUGCAGAGCUCGCAGGCUCCCCUGGGCAAGACCAGAGCUCGCAGCGCGGGCCCGGCUCAGGCUGCCCUGCCCUCCUCGUCCUUCAGGUCCAAGCAGAAUGUCCGAUUCGCAGCGGCAGUGAAGUCCAAGAAGCCAAGCUCCUCUUUAAGGAACUCGAGCCCCAUAAGAGUGGCCAGGAUAGCUCACACCGAGGGGAAGAAACCCAAAGCCGUGGCCAAGAACCAUUCUGCGCAGCUCUCGAGCAAGACGUCCCGGAGCCUGCACGUGAGGGUGCAGAAAAGCAAGGCCGUCCUGCAAAGCAGAUCCGCCCUGGCCAGUAAGAAAAGAACAGACCGGUUCAAUGUAAAAUCGAGAGAGCGCAGCGGAGGGCCCAUCACCCGGAGCCUGCAGCUGGCAGCUGCUGCCGACCCGAGUGAGAGCAGGAGGGAGGACAGCGGCGGCAGCAAGCAGGAGCUGAAGGACUUCAGCUACAGCCUCCGCCUGGCCAGCCGGUGCCCGGCGCCGGCCGCCCCGCACGUCACCCGGCAGUGUAGGAGCGUCAAGGCCACGGCUGCCGCGCAGCUCCAAGGACCCCUCCUCAAAGAGUAGAGGCUUCACCUGCUCCCCGACAGCACCUGAAGUGACCUGGAACCAGAGAAGCCAAAGGGACUGGCCUCCUGCCCUGCAGGCAGCACCGACCUACCCCAGUUCCACGAGCCUGUGCGAGAGCGGGAGUGCGUGAGUGAGUGCGCGCGUGGGAGUGCGUGUGCAUGUGUGCGCGUGCGUCCGCGCCGUCGUCAGCCGAGCGUCCCGAGCCUCACGGAGGCGGGGCGGCAGCAGACUUCACACCGCGGAGGAGGACCCUCCGGUGCCCCCGCCCGGACUGUGCUCUGCAGCCCAGCCUCCCUGCAGGGGGCGGGGCCUCUCCUACUAUGCAAUUUUUCAAGAGCUCCUUGAUCCUGCUUUUUGCUUCUCAAGUUGUUCUCUGCUGGGGCGGGGACCUUGGUCUGGCCCAGGGGGUGAACUCCAGUCCUGUCCAAGGAAGGCCUUCGGGAGGACGCCAGGCUCCCCUUCCGACCGCCCCGCCCCCCCUCCCGAAUCCCCCACCAUCUCUGGGAAUCAAUGGCGCGUAGACUCGCGGGAGCCUCGCUGCCCCUCCCCCUUGGCCUGUGCGCUUGGAAAACCCCCUUCCUGGCCCGAGUCUUCUGGGCUGCCGGCACUUGAGUCAUUUCCAGAUUUGAAAUUGUGCUUAGUCCACGUGCAUCGGGAGAAAGCCCUUGUCCUCAUUUAUGGGGCGGGUUUCUCGCGUGGGACGGGCGCGUGGGGGGAGGGGAUGUCCCGUGGGCUCCUUUGCCUCCCCGGGUGGGACCAUCAACGCUUCCAGUGUCUGAGCUUCUCAGAGUAGCCGCAAAGGGAAACGGACAAACAGACGCUGGGAAAUGAACAUUAGAUGGGAAGUUAGAAAGCAUGGAGCGGGGAGGAAAAGAGACCCUGGGAGCGCUCCGUCCCCGGCCAGGGACCGGUGGAGGUGGCUCCCGCUCGCUGGGGGGACCGUCCAUGCCUCGGAGAAACGGGUGCGCUGGGCUAGGAGUUGGGACCCAGUGAGGGUCUUGGGUUUUGUGCCUUUGGGGCAGACCCCGGACGAGGAUGUCUGAGACCACUCGCGCUGCUUCCUCGUCCCCACGUCCGACAGUAACGUAUCCGCCCCCAACGUGGAAGGAGGGGCUUUGGAAGCCAGCCGAGUGGGCACGUGCAAAAAAGGGACUUUUUUUUUCAGGGCUACUAUGGUUGAUCUUGCAACUCUGUAAAUAUGUAUGUAGACAGUUUUCAAAGCACGUAUUUAUGUCCCUGACUGUAAAUGACCCGUUUUUAAAGUUUUAUAACUUGUGUUAUUUAAUGAAUCAGUCGACCGGCUGCAGUGCGGGCUCUGAGGACGGUCCAGGAGAAAGUUCUCGUGAGAUCCUCACACGGGCAGAACAAAUGCUGAUGGUUGUCCUCCGCCGCAGUUUUCCCGUUUCCGACCCGCUGACAACCGUGGCUUGUUGUCGAUGGUCAUAAACCAGAAGGCAGCCUUUUGCCUGCUCCCAAAAGGGACCCUCACAAGCGUGAACAUCUGGGGCUGUUCCUCGUCCUAACGGUUUUGUCCCAUACACGCCAGCACUUACCAACCGUACCCAGCCUCCCAGUUCUCGAGGGUUUUCCCCGUGGAGCAGCGAGGAAGGCUUACGAACCCAAAACUUGAAAAGUCACCUUCAGCCAAUGGCAAGCUCUGGAAAUGUUGCGUGUGGGGGGGAUGGGGAGCCGCUCAUUCUUUGCGUGUGCAAAGGCGCCGGCCAGCUCUCAACACUCGGGGACUGUCGGGAAAACUGCUACAAGCCGUCUAGUCGAGAAAAGGGGGAGCGGUUUGACGAGGAGCGGCGUCUCCUGGCCCGUGGUGGCUUCGGAGCGUGGGUUUGGGCCUCCGCUCUGUAUCUGCCCUGUGAAGAAAACUAACAAUAAAAGCGUGAAGU